CUCGGCCGAUGGGGACCUACCAUUGGGUUCCCGCUUGUUCCAGUCGCAGGCGUGAUUGAACCUUCCAGCGGCCAACUCCUCGUCUGGUCCGCAUACAAGAACGACAGAUUUCUGAUCAACGCCGAGAACGUCACUCAGACAGCAAUCUACAAUCCGGACGACGGCUCCGUCAAACAACUUCCAGAAUACGUCGGCCACGACAUGUUCUGUCCGGGGAUCAGCAACGACUUUGACGGCAACACACUGGUCACUGGUGGCGACACCUCCUCCGCUGCGAGUCUUCUCCAAGGAAAUAGCGGGACGUGGGCUGCGAAACCUCCGAUGAACCUGGGACGUGGAUACCAGUCUUCGGCCACGCUUUCCGACGGUCGCAUCUUCACGAUCGGCGGAUCCUGGAGUGGCGGAUUUGGUGGAAAAGACGGCGAGAUCUGGGAUGGAACGAAAUGGACUUUGAUGAGGGGUUGUUCGGUUCAGCCCAUGUUGACAAACGACAAGCAGUCAGUCUACAGAAACGACAAUCAUGCGUGGCUUUUCGCUUGGUCUGGAGGGACUGUGUUGCAGGCGGGUCCGAGCCGGAACAUGAACUGGUACACUAUGCGAGGUUCUGGUACAGUGGGAAGCGCUGGCACAAGAGGUAACGACGGCGAUGCGAUGUGCGGCGCUGCGGUGAUGUACGAUGCGGUCGCUGGAAAGAUUCUGGCCGUGGGCGGCUCUCCCGACUAUCAGGACAGUGCGGCAACUACGAACGCCCACGUAUUGACCAUUGGCUCUGUCGGCGGUACUGUGGACGUCAAGCAAGUCGGCUCAAUGGCCACACCACGGAUCUUCGCCAACAGCGUCGUCCUUCCCGACGGAACCGUCUUCGUCGUCGGCGGUCAAGGCGUCGGAAAGCCCUUUUCCGACGACAACUCAGCCAUGUCGCCCGAACUCUGGGAUCCAGCGACCGAGAAGUUCAUAACUCUACCCAUAGGUCCAACUCCCCGAAACUACCAUUCCAUCGGCCUCCUCAUGCGGGACGGAACAAUCUUCAGCGGCGGAGGCGGUCUAUGCGGCGACUGCGGAAGCGCCAACCACUUCGACGGCCAAAUCUUCAGUCCCGCCUAUCUCUUCGAAGCAGACGGCACCACACCCGCAACACGUCCACAAAUCGCUCACCUCGACUCGACGACGAUCCAAGUCGGCAGCACCAUCACCGUCACACUGGCGUCCGGUACAAAUCGCGCAGCGACCUUCUCCCUGGUACGGCUGGGUUCGACCACGCACACGGUGAACACGGACCAGCGUCGAGUUCCACUGCAAGCGUCAGCCACGGAUGCGGACACCUACUCGAUGACCCUCCCCAGCGACCCGGGCGUGUUGCUCCCGGGAUACUGGUAUCUAUUCGCCUUGUCGAACGGCGUACCGAGUAUCGCUACGAUUGUAAAGGUGACG